UUCACCAUGCACAAGUCAGUCCUUGCCAUCAUCGCCCUGGCCCUUAUCGGUCUUACUCACGCUCAAGUGGAAUUUAGUGGCGACUGCCCAUGCGAUGUGACCGUGCAGAGCAAUUUCAAUGUGUCGGCGUAUCUAGGCGUUUGGUAUGAGUAUGCUAAGUAUCCUGUUUACUUCGAAGCCGAUGGCAAGUGUGUAAAAGCCGAAUAUACGCUGAAGGACAAUGGUGAAGUCGGUGUUGUGAAUAGUAUGAUUAAUGUCACUGACAACGAACUUACCGAUAUUGUUGGUUACGCCGUUGAAGUAGAGAACGCGAAAUUGAAGGUUACAUUCCCCGUUACUCCUGCCUUCAACGCAACUACAAACUACUGGGUUUUGUCUACCGAUUACGUUAACUACAGUGUCGUUUACUCUUGCCAAACUGCCGGCGGCAGUUCGCAUUACACUAUCGUUUGGAUCUUAACUCGUGAGCAAAGUCCUUCGGAAGAAUUUAUUACAAAGGCUAAAGAUGUUUUGACACAGAAUGGAGUUUCGUUGAGUGAAUUGGUUGUCACGGAUCAGAGCAACUGUAAGGUGGCUGCAGACAAUUGCUCUUAAUUGCACGAAGGAUGUGUCUGAAGCGAAUAAUUGUAAAAUAAAAAAUUAAUUCAGUGUCAAAUAAAAUACAUACUUAUGUAUGUUCUUGAAA